AUGGAAUGUCAUCACUGUGGUCUUCCCGGUCAUAAAAAAUACGAUUGUCCCCACAGCAAUUGCCGCUGCAGGUGGGGCGAGAAAUUACCCGCCAGACGCCCACCAAUUUCACACAGAGGUAGUUUGGAAUUACAAGGGCAACAUAAUGCUGUAAACACACAACGAAACCAUGGUUCUACAGGCAAGUAUAUUCAAAAGUUGGAGGAAAUGUAUAAUUACGAAGGAAUAAGAGCAUAUUUGAUUGUAUUAUGUUUCUUCACUUCUUUAGAGAUUAAUGGUGGACAUCUAAGUUUACCACAACAAUAUCCUCAUAACGUCAAUGGUGUUCGAUUUAGUCAUGUUCAGCAGGGUUCAAUGCAUUUACAACAAAAUAUAGCAGGGAAUGUGCAACAACAUAUACCGGGAAAUUUACAACAACACGUAAAUGGAAAUGUGCAACAACAUGUAACCGGAACCCUGAAUAACGCGAGUAUUCCACUUUUUGGGCAGCAAUCAAAUGGAAAUAGUGCGGCAGCAGCACUUUUGGAUCCAACAUUAGGGCCACUGCUUCAAAGUGCCUUGGAAGCCUGGCCUCUUUUACAACAUUUUCCCCAACAGCAACAGACGACGCAACAGAUAAAUAAUACGAACCUUUUUGGAUCUCAAGCAUCGAAUCAGCAAGCUCAGACAUUUCUUUUGCAACAAAAUGCUCCAAAUCUAGGAUAUGUACAAAACACACAACAGGCUGCUGCGCAAUACCUCCAGGCUCAACUGCAGCAAUUGUUGAAUGCGAGUAUCAAUAAUGUUAAUGUUAAUAACGCUGUAUCACAAGCAGUUUCAACAAUAGGCUCACAAGUGCCAAUAACGAUGACAUCUGUGCAGCCUUUUGUGCAACAAAUUCCAGAUGUAGUUAUGUCAGAUGUAGUUAUGUCUCGUCAGUCCACAGAGGAUAUUAAUGUGAGUUCACCUAGCUUGAUUGUGCCAACCACAACAUCUGAUCCACCAAUAAAGGAAGAAGUAGUAUCUGAUAACCAAGAGCCUUUAGAACGACAAGAAAUGACAGAACGAAUAGAAAUGCCUCAACAAGAGAAGGAAGAGGCAACAGAGCAGCAGGAGCGAAGACCUGGAGAGACGAACGCCGAAAUUAUUACGAAACUAAAAGCAUUGAGAGACAAGAUUAAGAAUGGUUUACAUCCCAAAAUCAAACCCCCGAGAUGGGUUCCCUGUAAUCAACAAGAGAAUGGUGGUCAGAAUUUAUUAGGAUUAAGCAUGCGAGAAAGAAGCCCAGCAAUGACGGGCAUUGAGCACUGUCCGAAUUCAUCGAUAUUUUAUAGAUCUCGACGGAGCAGAUCUCCCUUUAAUGCUUAUAAAUAUGAAAAAGAGGGCACAAACUCUGAUUACAGGAGAUAUCGAAACCGAAGUAGAUCUGCGAGUCCAAGAAGAAAUGUUCGGAAUAAUUACGUUUUAACAGGGUCAGUAUCUCCAAAUAGAUUUCGUACUCGAUCAAUAACCGAAUACGAUGAAAGAUAUUAUGCUCGAAAUCCAGGACAAGAAUUUCGUGACAAGUACCCACCGCCAAUGGCAAUGUACGAAGAACUGAGACACGGUAGACAUAAUGAAAGAUACGAACGACCUUUCGGGCGAUCAAGAUCCCCGAUUGGAUACCCAGGAAAUCGUAGACCAAACAAUAUUUGGCACGGAGAACCAUACGAAAGAGAGAGACCCGGUCAUGAAUUCCAUUACGAGUUUGCGCGCCGACGGCAAACUAGUCGUUGGUAG